CUUACACAAUAUGCAUUAUUCAUUGAUAAAAAUGGAAUGUGCUAACUCUUCGUUAUGAUUUAAUUAUUGUUAUUUUUUUGUUCAUACUACGACGACAAAGCAAUAAGCAUACGUAAAAAUUUGUCUUUCUUUCAAGUUUCAUUAAUUAUAUCAAGAUGAAGUUAUUAAAUACUAAUAUAAAAAUAAUACUGUUAAUUAUUAUUGAAAUAAAUUUAAUUAUUUCAGUAGCAUCAGCAUUAAAGCAUAAAAGUCAUUACAAUCAACGACCAAUAAUAGGUAUUUUAACACAACAAUUGAGUCAUCAUUUGAAGCAAGUUUAUCCUGAUUUAAAAUACAAAAGUUAUAUUGCAGCAUCGUAUGUUAAAUUUAUUGAAAGUGCUGGAGCGCGAGUUGUUCCUAUAUGGACUGGAAGAAAUAAAUCAUAUUACAAUAAAAUUUUAAAUAAAAUAAAUGGCGUUAUAUUUCCUGGUGGUUCAGCAUUUUUUAAUGAAACAAAUGGAUAUGCUGAUGCAGGAAUUCACAUUUACAAUAUUGCUAAAGAAAUGAAUAAACAAAAUGAUUUUUUUCCAAUAAUGGGUAUUUGUUUGGGUUUUGAAUUGUUGACAUAUGCAGCUUCUGGAGCUAAAGAUCAUCGUAUACGUUGUUCCAGUCACAAUCAGCUAUUAUCAUUAAAAUUUGAACCAGGCUUUGAAAAAAGUAAAUUAUUUUGUGAUGCAUCAAGUGAUAUUAUUGAUAUUCUUCGUGAUGAAGAUGUAACUAUUAAUUUUCACAGAUAUUGUGUUACAAAAAAAGGUUUAAAAAAAGUACAUAUUGAUAAGGAAUUUAAAAUUUUAUCGCUUAAUAAAGACCGCAAUGGAUCUGAAUUUAUAUCAUCACUUGAACAUAAAGAACUUCCAUUUUAUGGUCUUCAAUUUCAUCCUGAAAAAAAUAAUUACGAAUGGGCACCUCGUUUUCAUAUUGCACAUGGCAUUAAUGCCAUUCGUGCAAGUCAAUUUUUUUCCAAUAAAUUUGUUGAAGAAGCUAGAAAAAAUAAUCACUCUUUUCCAUCAACAAGAGAUGAAGAAAAUCAUUUAAUUUAUAAUUAUCCUACAUAUUAUACUGGACCAACAAAUUCAUCAUUUGAACAGUGUUAUUUAUUUGAAAAAAAAACACAGUUUGUAUGCUGCAGUCAGCUCGAUGACUUGGUUGAUAAUAUUUUAAUAAAUAUAAUAAUAAUAAUAAUAAUGUUGUUGUUGUUUUUAAAAAGUCAACGUAUUUUAAUAAUUAAUUUUUUAUUGAUAUGUCAAUCAUUUAUUGUAAUACAAUCAUUGUAUAUUGUAAAUAGGCCACUGAAUGAUCGCCCAAUUAUUGGAAUACUGUCCCAAGAAACAAAUCCCUCAUGGGAUUUAAAAAAUGUAAAAAGUUACAUUGCUGCCUCGUAUGUUAAAUUUGUGGAAAGCAGUGGAGCUCGAGUCAUUCCGAUAAGGAUAGGAAAAACAGAAUCAUAUUACAAAAAUUUACUUGGAAAAAUAAAUGGAGUUAUUUUUCCGGGAGGUGAUGCUGAUUUUAACAAUACCCAUGGAUACGCUGAAGCUGGAAAAAUUAUUUACAAAAUUGCCAGUGAUAUGAAUAAUAAUAAUGAUUAUUUUCCAAUAAUGGGCAUUUGUUUGGGUUUUGAGCUGCUGAGUUUUGUUGCAAGUGGUGCUAUUGAGCAUCGUUUUAAAUGCUCCAGUAGUAAUCAAGUUUUACCUCUUGAAUUUUCAUCUGACUUUAAAACCAGUAGCAUGUUUAAAGAUGCCCCCCAGGAUAUUAUUGAUAUUUUAAAAAUAAAAAAAGUAACAGCAAAUUUUCAUUCAUUUUGUAUCAAUGAAAAUAGUUUAAUCAAAGUUAAUUUGACUGGAAUUUUACAAAUUUUAUCAACAAAUUAUGAUUUAAAUAAUAAUAAAUUUAUAUCAUCUUUUGAGCAUCGUAAUUUACCAUAUUAUGCACUACAAUUUCAUCCAGAAAAAAAUAUUUAUGAAUGGUCAAUAAAUAAAAAAAUACCACACACUUUUAAUGCCAUUAAAAUAAGUCAAUAUUUUUCAAAUUUUUUCAUCGAACAAGCAGCUCGAAAAAGUAGUCAUACUUUUCCAAUCGAGGAAGAAGUUGAUAAUCUGAUUUAUCAUUAUAAUGCCACAUACACAGCUGUUGAACUUGGAAUUUUUGAACAAGUUUAUUUUUUCAACGAAUAAUAUUAAUA